UUUAGAUAGUGGAGAUUUCACAUGGUUCUGUUUCUCUCUUUCUCUUUCCUGCAGUGGUCUUCUCAGUGGUACCAGCACUACCUCCUUAGCGGUGACCUGACCUUUGGGAGCAGGACAUGGUGCCAUGGGAACAAGUACGGCAUUGUGUUUCAGGCGAUUUUACCAGAGGAGGCACGCCAGAAGAUCUCCAGCUCCGGACUCCACAACGGCCACAGUUCCCUCAACAUUGGACUGCAAACGGCCGACGCAGAGACAGAAGACAGUGGUAGGAAGACGGGAGCCUCUGCUGCAGUGCCCUGCAGAAGUGGACAAGGAGAGAUGAACAACUACAACGGGAAGAUCCUGACAAGGGGCUCCAGCCAAGCACGGAGCCGGUUUGUAAAGAAGGAUGGACAAUGCAAUGUUCUGUCCACCAACAUGGAUGAGAAGAGGCAGCGCUACCUUGCGGACUUCUUUACCACAUGCGUGGACAUCCGCUGGCGAUACCUGCUGUUUAUAUUCUGCGCCAGCUUCCUGGUCUCGUGGCUUUUCUUCGGCAUCAUCUUCUACGGCGUCUCCCUGGUGCAUGGGGACUUUGAGGGGCAACCGGAGGCGAAAGCUGAUGCGGUGGCGGGGCUGCACGGGCCCCCUUCCGGACCCACAUCUGGCGAGCCGACACAAAGGAUCCCCUGCAUACUCCAUGUCCACGGCUUUGUCGGGGCGCUCCUAUUCUCCAUGGAGACCCAGACCACCAUUGGUUACGGCUGGCGCUGCGUCACCGAGGAGUGUCCCAUUGCAGUGAUGACAGUGGUCGUCCAGUCCAUCGUGGGCUGCAUCAUUGACUCUUUCAUGGUUGGCACCAUCAUGGCCAAGAUGGCGCGGCCCAAGAAGAGGAACCGGACCCUUGUGUUCUCCAAAAAUGCUGUCAUCGCCCUGCGUGAUGGCAAGCUGUGCCUCAUGUGGAGGGUAGGCAACCUGCGCAAGAGCCACAUUGUGGAGGCUCAUGUCCGUGCCCAGCUCAUACGUUCCUACGUCACAGCGGAGGGAGAGUUCAUCCCCUUGGAGCAGAUGGACCUCAAUGUGGGCUAUGACGAGGGCACCGACAGACUGUUUCUAGUGUCUCCACUGGUGAUAAUCCACGAGAUAGAUAAAGACAGCCCCUUGUACACUUUGAGUCAAGCUGAUCUGGAGGCAGAUGACUUUGAGAUUGUCGUGAUCUUAGAGGGGAUGGUGGAGGCCACGGCCAUGACUACCCAGUUCCGUAGCUCCUACCUUGCCAGAGAGGUCUUCUGGGGUCACAGGUUUGAGCCUGUGAUUUAUGAAGACCGGGACCGCUACAAGGUAGACUACUCUCGCUUCCACAAGACCUACGAGGUACCGUCAACGCCCCACCUCAGCGCCAAGGAGCUCGACGAGGUUGCCAGUCGGGCCUCAUGCGCCGCCUCUCCAGCCUCGGCCUACAGAUCCAACCAAGACUUGAUUCCCAGAUCCCUGAGCGCCUUUUGUUACGAGAACGAGGUGGCACUGAGCUGCGGGGAGGACGAGGACGAAAUCUUCGACUCCCAGAUCGUGGGGAAGGAGAGGGCAGAGGAGAGGAGGGCUUCAGUGUCUGCAGACUUUCAAAAUAAGUUCCAGGACACAGCGACAUCGGGCAGUCACAGCGUCAUGUGUGUUCUGGACAUGGACAACAACCAGAUGGAGUUUGAUAUCCUACAGACUGCAAUCCCUCUUGAUCCAGUGUCCUAUAAGAGUGAGCAAGACAUCUAAAGAUAUUUGUCCCUCUUAUAUUUCAACACAAAUCCUCCAAGGUGAAGGUUACGCUUGGUGAAGUUUGCAUUUGCAUCUCCAGAAAUGAAAACCCCCUUUGCCUUGUGUGUGUUGUUUUACAUUUAUAUUCAUUUGUUUUUUCUUCUCAAUGCGAUUAGAAAUGACAAAAAAGUACACAUUUCUGAAUAACAUUUGGCACUUGCAACUGCAAAACUUCAGAGAGCCCAAAAUCUUCAACCAGACUCAGGACAAGGCAUCUGACGGGCUUUUGUAAGGAAAGUACAAAGGCGGUAAAAUAAAUCAUGUUUUGGAGUGUUUGUACAUUUUCACAGUUGAAGGAAUAAUUUAUACAAGAUUCAUUGUUUUGUGGAUGGAAACAAGAUAUUUUAUGAAAGCAAUUGCCGUUUGGAGGAAAUUCUGUUGAGAGAGAAAUGAGGUCACGAUUUAAAUGGUUGAUUAAGAGAAAAUGCACUGUCUCAAUGUAUGCUUGAUCUCCAUGUUAUUAAUCCUGCGAUAGUUCCCUGCAAAGCCAACCGUUUGUGAGACUGUCAGUUUAGUAUAAUCUUCUUCCAGGAAUUUAUAAGAAAUUCUCCCUUUGUUUAGUGAGAAACUACUGUUGAUUUUGUUGUGUAGUAUACUGUUGCAUUCUUAUGUGCACCUACUGCCUUUAGAGUCAUGCAUCUAUCAGAACAGUCGACCUGCUGCACCAGAUGACCCUACAACUCUCUUUUUUUAAAUUCCUUGUGUUUGGGGUUUUCAAUCAAUCAAUAUGAACAUGAGACCGACAUUUGUAACAAGCUUUCAUGCAACACUUGCUGACAUCUAGUAACACUUUAUGUAUUACAUACACUGCCAGCUAAAGGAAAAUUUGAUAUUAUGUUUAACAUUUUCUAAAAAGCUAUGUAUUCAUAAAUGUGAUACAAAUACCUGUUUAAGUAAUAUAAAACACUUUGAGGAGGUACCUCUGACAGACAGAAGUACCGUAUCAACUAUAAAAUGUACAGUAUAUGUACGUAUUUUGUAGGCUACAAAUGUUUAACUGUUUUAUAACUCUUUUUAUGAGUGCUCUGAAAUUAAAAGCUUAUUUUUGAUGCUCCCAAAAUCUCGGGCUGGUAUUGUCAUGCCGUGCUCCAGGUACUGGCUCACUGAUACCGUUUUUACGGCUGCACCUGAAGGAGCCAUUGUUAGGGUCAUUAGUUCCACCUGUGCGAUUAAGGACCUACCGCUCAAAUCCUAAUAAGACACAGCGGUUUUUAUAUAAGUAUUUUAUAUUUUAACAUGGGUACAAAGGGGGAGCCAUCAAAAUACAAUCCAGAUGUAAUGUAGUGUAACCGAGAGAUAAUUUGUUAUAUUUACUGGCUGCUUUGUAUAAUUCUAAUGAUAAAGAUGGACUGAGCAAACUAUUGUCCACAAUGAGAAGAAAGAAAAUCAUAAAAGCACUUUAUCCUUCCCUGUAUUCCUUUUGAUGUUGCAAAUAAAUAUUUACAUAAUUCUG